UGUUGGCUGGAGAGUUUGUGAAAAGUUCUGAGAGGAGCUGGAGGAAGUGGGGGACAGACGAGCUGGGCUGCACCGGAGGCCGAGGACCCGGGGGUCCCGGGUGACCUCUGGGAAAGCCGCGUGGCUGAGCGCCUGCAGGACCGGAGGAACCUGCUGGGAAGCUCGCCCCUACCUGAGCCCGGAUCUCAGCCCCGCAGCAGCAGCGCUUCCCCUGCGAGGUGGCUGCAUCUCCGCCUGCCCCGAGCCAUGAGGAUCCGGAUGGCCGUAAGGUGGACCUGGGCAGGCAAGAGCUGCCUACUCUUGGCGCUUUUAACUGUGGCUUAUCUCCUGGUGGAGCUCUCGGUCUCCACGUUCCAGGCUUCCCUGGGAGCCGGCCAUGCCAGCGAGCGGGGGCCAAGGCGGCUCCUGAACCCUGAGAAGGAAGAGGAUUUGUCGCGACCUCUUUACCCGAAGCCCCCUGCAGAUUCUCAUGCUCUCGGGGAGUGGGGGAGAGCAAGCAAACUUCAGCUCAAUGAAGGUGAGCUCAAACAGCAAGAAGAACUUAUUGAGAGAUAUGCCAUCAACAUUUACCUCAGUGACAGGAUCUCUCUGCACCGCCACAUAGAGGACAAAAGAAUGUAUGAAUGUAAAUCCAAGAAGUUCAACUAUAGGACACUCCCGACCACCUCGGUUAUCAUCGCUUUCUAUAAUGAAGCCUGGUCGACUUUGCUCCGAACCAUUCACAGCGUUUUAGAAACCUCGCCCGCUGUGCUUUUGAAGGAGAUCAUCUUGGUUGAUGACUUGAGUGACAGGGUCUAUCUGAAGACACAACUUGAAUCUUAUAUCAGCAAUCUCGAUAGAGUCCGUUUGAUUAGAACCAAUAAGCGAGAGGGGCUGGUUCGGGCCCGCCUGAUUGGGGCCACGUUUGCCACUGGGGACGUCCUCACGUUCUUGGAUUGUCACUGUGAGUGUAACUCUGGUUGGUUGGAACCACUUUUGGAAAGGAUUAGCAGAGAUGAAACGGCCAUUGUGUGCCCUGUUAUAGACACGAUUGAUUGGAAUACUUUUGAAUUCUAUAUGCAGACGGGGGAGCCCAUGAUUGGUGGGUUUGAUUGGCGUUUAACAUUCCAGUGGCAUUCUGUCCCCAAACAUGAAAGGGACAGACGGACAUCAAGAAUUGACCCCAUCAGAUCACCUACCAUGGCUGGAGGACUGUUUGCUGUCAGCAAGAAGUAUUUUCAAUACCUGGGAACCUAUGACACUGGCAUGGAAGUAUGGGGAGGUGAGAACCUUGAGCUGUCCUUUAGGGUCUGGCAGUGUGGUGGCAAGUUGGAGAUCCAUCCAUGUUCUCACGUGGGCCACGUGUUCCCCAAGCGUGCACCAUACGCGCGCCCCAAUUUCCUACAGAACACUGCUCGGGCAGCAGAAGUGUGGAUGGAUGAGUACAAAGAGCAUUUCUACAACCGAAACCCUCCAGCACGGAAAGAAGCCUAUGGCGAUAUCUCUGAGAGAAAAUUACUGAGAGAGCGCCUGAGGUGCAAAAGCUUUGACUGGUAUCUGAAAAAUGUGUUUUCUAACUUACACGUGCCAGAGGAUAGGCCAGGCUGGCAUGGGGCUAUUCGCAGUCUGGGGAUCUCUUCGGAGUGCUUAGAUUAUAACUCUCCUGACAACAACCCCACAGGGGCUAACCUCUCACUGUUUGGAUGUCACGGUCAGGGAGGUAAUCAGUUUUUUGAGUACACUUCAAACAAAGAAAUAAGAUUUAAUUCUGUGACUGAGUUAUGUGCAGAGGUUCCUGUGCAAAAAAAUUAUGUAGGAAUGCAGAAUUGUCCUAAAGAUGGUCUCCAUGUUCCAGGGAACAUCAUUUGGCAUUUUCAAGAAGAUGGAACUAUUUUUCAUCCACUCUCAGGACUGUGUCUUAGUGCUUAUCGGACACCUGAGGGCCGACCCAGUGUACAGAUGAGAACUUGUGAUGCCCUAGAUAAAAAUCAAAUCUGGAAGUUUGAAAAAUAGAAAAGCACUACAAGCACCUUUAUUCAGGAGCUGACAGUAACUUCCUGAGUGCCUCAGUGAAGAGUGUUUUUUCCCAGAGUCUGCAAAGCUGGGAGGCUGUGGUUCUUGGGUUCACCAAUCUGCACUAGGUGCACCGAUAUUUACUUCUUGAUAUUUCACAGUGCCUUCCCUCCCCUGGGUUAUUUUAUUUAAAAGCUUUGUCGAUGUAGUCUUCUGCUUCUCCUUAAAGAAGUUGUUUGUGAAUGGAGAUAUACAAGACACUCAAGUGUGGGCUGGGGAAGUGGCUCAGUGAUAGAACACUUGCCUAGCCCAUGCAAGGCCCUGGGUUUGAUUCCCAGCACCAUAAAAUGCACACUUUUAAGUGCCAGACUUAAAGAAUGUAACAGUCCAAGCACAAUGGGGUAUGAGUCAUGCUGGUGGGUAAAUUCACUUCAUGUCCCAUUUUCUUUUUUAAUCAAAACUAAUACACAAGCAAUUGGAGCUAUUAUAGUUUUGAUUACAAAGAAUUUGAAUGUCUUUUAGCCAGUACGUUAUUAAGAUUGAGGGUUUUAUAAACUAAUCUUUUAAAAACUGGUUUUUCUUUAAUCAAAUAGAAAUAAAAGAAAAUAGUUCUUGAGGAAAAGGUCUGGUUUACAUAUAUGUGUCUUUGGAAGAGGGUAUAGGUUUGAAUGUGAAUUUGGAGGCCUUUUUUAUCAAGAUCUUUCGUUCCAUACUUUGUAAACUUGAGCUACUGGACUGAACUGAUCUGUAUAUUAAUACCUCAGAUUUCCUUGAUUUUGUAAACUGCCCUCUCUGUGAACUUGUUUGUGAGUGUAGGUCAUUUUCUGAUUGCACUUCCUUAAGGUGAUGAAUGUACUAGAAUGAGACUCAUUCAGAAUACUGUUCCUCCCUUUGUUAAUGCUUAAUCAUUUAAAGUAAACACAAUUGAGGCCUCUCUAAAGCGCAGCCCAACUGUGUUUACUGAAAUGUGUGAAACUGAAAGUGCGCACAGCUCUGCAAAGUCUGUGGAAGCUCUUCUCAUUCUUGCUGACCUGGAAAGAAAAGCAUUUAUCUUAGGACUGAGAGAAAGACUGCCUUGGCAGUCGUGUGUGCUAUCUUCUAGCUCAUUUUUGGCCCCCGGUGGCUAGGCCCUGGGGCACCUUUCAAGGAAGAAAUAUACCUGGUUGCCAUUUAUCAUGGUUGAGCCUCAGUUUCCUCAUCUGAGGGUGUUGGAUGAGAUCUGGAGGCUCCCUCCAGCUCCAAGUUGUCAUUUGUGCACCCCUCCUCCCUGAGGUCAUGGUGCAGUGUCCAUGAACACUUGGUACAUCUUCCCUUUUGGUGUGGAUGAUGCUGGGUAGGUGAGUGGCUGGGAAGCUGGCAAAGAAAAGUGGUUUAGACGGUCCAGGAUCCAAGCUCACUUGAAGUGGUUGUUACUGGGCAUGGGACGUGCUGGAUGGAGUCAGUCUUUGCAGUCUUUUGAUUUUGACAGUCAUUGAACUGAUUUUAUUUUUUAGAAGUUUUAAAGUUUUUUAAUGAAAAAUUUCCAAACUAAAUUAUUUGAGAGGUAGACAUAUUUUUAAAGUACUUUUACUGGUUUCAUAAUCAUGUUGCAUACAGAAAAUAUAUCUCAUUUUCUUAACUUAGGUUAGAUUUGUUGAAAGGGCAAGCUCUGUAAAGAAUUAGCCCACAGGUAAAAUAGGUUUCAGUGUUUACUGGAUGGCUUGAAGACAAGUAACUUUGCCAAAUCUGAGCUUGAAUAAUUUCUUUAGGAUGUCUGUUUCAAAAAAUUAAGAUGGCUAUAUAAUUGUGACUAUUUUGUCUCAUUUGCCUCCUAAAAUUAAAAUUUUUACUAGUUUCUGUAAGCUAUUUAAUAAUCUUACAGUUUAUCAAGUAAUUAUCUAGAUUCUAUGUGCAAUGUACUUGACCAUGGGUUUAAUUUAAGAAUUUAUGAUAUUACUCUGAAUUUUUCAACAGGAUAUUCUCCUGGGAUGGAGAGUUAAGAUCACAAUAGUAUGUGUAACAGAGGAGAACAAGACUUCUCAUUUUUGUAUAUAAGCAUGUUCCAAUUUAAUUCCAAAACACUAUAAUGAUACAUGCAAAAUAGAUUUUCAUUUCCUAAUUCCAAUCUGUUGGUACCAAAGUUUUUCCUUUUUAUGUAGACAUUUAAGAGUUGACCUUUUAAGCUAAUUUCCAUGCUUAAUAAUAGUUUUUAUUUUUAAAAACUGAUGUCAUGUAGAACUUGUUUGUAAAAGAAGUCUGUUUACUCACCCACUAGUAGGGUUGUGCAUAUGUAUUGAUGUUAGUAAAUCAAAAUUGUUUAGGCUAAAGAUGACAUAAUUCUGGAGUUGUAUACUCUUGUUGUUUUAGGGUCUCAGUUUUAAUUAACAACAUUUAGAUUUGACUGGUUUGUCUUUUUGAAUUAUUGUUUUAAUAAUUUUGAAUGAGCACAAAAACACUGAGGUUUAGAUUAAUGUCUUUUGAAUGGUGAAUAUUUUUCUGUGUGAUGAACAGCUUCGAUCUUUUUUUA